AUGACGAAACUCACCGACCUGCUCGGUUCUUACGACAACCUAAAUGAUGCGCCGUCGCUGCUCAAUCACCCGUCUAAUAUUCUUGCCAUCACUAUUGUUUUCGUGAUUUUCUACUUCGGAAACGCAUUCUAUCCAACGUCCGCCGGGCUCAUCAAACUCGCCCUGCUCUUUCAGUAUCUUCGAGUGUACGACAAGGGAUCUGUGUUCCGAAAAGCCACAAAAGUGAUGAUUUGCGUAGUAGCAAUAUGGUCCAUCUCAUUUAGCGUUUUCGGCUGGAUACCGACGUGGCCGGUGGAGGCUUACUGGAAUCUCGAGAUGCCUGCUUUCCGAUAUGGAUUUGGAUCACUGUACCUGGGCCCCUUUGUCUCGAUUUAUGUGAGUCUGACCGCGACGAAUAUGGUCUUGGACGUGAUCGUUCUCGGCCUGGCUGCGCCCCUCCUCCUGGUGAACAAGAAGCCAGAAGCUGUCUCGCGUUGGUCCUUGGUGUCUCUUUUUGGCCUCGGCAGCCUUGCUAGCGUUAUGUCGAUAUGGCGCCUGGCCGCCAUAAUCGAAACUCAAGCUACGACAAAGCCAACGUUCGACCCGACAUGGUACGGUGCCAUGCCGAUUGUUCUAGCGGUACUGGAAGUGGACAUCGCAACCAUCACGGCGUCCCUCCCUGUCUUCUGGCCCGUCCUUCAGCAGCUCCACCAGAACCAGAUCCUGGUGACACGGGAGGUGAAGAUUGUCCGCGAGGAACGACGUAGAAAUACGGCCGAGACAUCCUCCGACCGGGACGAUGAGGGCAUUGAGUUGCAGAGGAGCGAGUCUGCACUCCAGCUUCAUAGCAAUAAGAGUGAGCACUAUGGGGAUCCAUAUGUGGCAGAACAGGUCAACCCGUUCAGGAGGCUGGAACUGCAGUUCGGGACGAAGGCUGAGAUUGACGUCUCACCUCUGGGGAGAAAAACGAGCAUCACAUCAUAUAGGAUGAGAGACACUGAUUAGGGACAACAUGAUUAGGUCCAAAUUACUAAAUAACAGGGAAAAAAUC